GCGCGCCGGAGCCGCCGCUAUAAGUGCGCGGCGGGCGCGGGGCCGGGCAGUGCCGGAGGGAAAGAUGCCGCUCUGCGACACGGGCUCCGCGCCGCGGGACGGCGCCUGGGGACAGGUGAGCUCCGUUGCGGCGGCGAGCGGGGCGUACCCGAAGCGAGUGAAGGUGGUGGAGGUGGGACCCCGCGACGGGCUCCAGAACGAGAAGACUCUUGUGCCCACCCCAGUGAAGAUCAAUUUAAUCAACAUGCUGUCAGAGACGGGGCUGCAGGUCAUAGAGGCCACCAGCUUUGUGUCCCCCAAGUGGGUUCCUCAGAUGGCUGAUCACACCGAGGUGAUGCAGGGGAUCAAUAAAUUCCCUGGGAUCAGUUACCCUGUGCUGACUCCGAACCUCAGGGGCUUCCAGGCAGCGGUGGCAGCAGGAGCCAAAGAGGUGUCGAUCUUUGGGGCAGCAUCUGAGCUGUUCACCAGGAAAAACAUCAACUGCUCCAUCGAGGAGAGCCUGGAGAGGUUUGAAGAGGUCAUGAGGGCAGCGAGGGAAGCCAACAUUCCUGUCAGGGGAUACGUUUCCUGUGUCCUUGGAUGUCCCUAUGAAGGGAAGAUUUCUGCAGCUAAAGUUGCAGAGGUCUCCAAGAAGAUGUACUCCAUGGGGUGCUACGAGAUCUCCCUGGGGGACACCAUCGGCGUGGGCACCCCGGGCAGCAUGAGGGAGAUGCUGGCCGUGGUGAUGAAGGAGGUGCCCGUGGGGGCUCUGGCUGUGCACUGCCACGACACCUAUGGCCAGGCCCUGGCCAACAUCCUGGUGGCCCUGCAGAUGGGGGUGAGCGUGGUGGACGCUUCCGUGGCCGGCCUUGGGGGGUGUCCCUAUGCCCAGGGAGCCUCUGGCAACGUGGCCACAGAGGAUUUGGUGUACAUGCUCAACGGGCUGGGCAUCCACACGGGGGUGGAUCUCCAGAAGCUGAUGGACACAGGCACCUUCAUCUGCAAUGCCCUGAACAGAAAAAGCAAUUCCAAAGUGUCUCAGGCCUCCUGCAGACUGUGACACUGAGUGGGAUUUCUCCUUGGAUCAAGAAACCGAGGAUCCAGCACUGCCUGGGAUUCCUCUCUGACCUCCCGAGCUCCUUCCCACCUCAGCAUUUGAGAAGCUCCAAAUCCACCAGAAUUAGGAAGAAAUGGGAGAAUAUCCUGUUACACUGUUCUCUGUUGGACCUUGAGGCUGUCCCCGUGUGCCUUGGAGAGGGGAGGACGUGCAGGGGCAGAGGAGCUGCUGCCUGCAGAGCCCAGGACAGGCUCAGCUCUGCAGUUAGAGCGCAGCUCCAGCUCGGGCUGUGCCUUCCUCCCUUCCCUGCCCUCCACAAACAGCCCAAACCUCCCCUGCUGCUGCGCCCUCAGGGACGUGCUGCUGCACUGCGUAUCUGUUCUAAGAUACUCAGCACACCAGGAGUGGUAAACACAUUAUUUAAUAGCCUAAACUAUGAGAAAUUUGAUUCAGCUGAAGCAACAACGGAGCUUUUGCUGCUGGUUUGGGUUCCAAGUGCCUCUUGUGGAAGCUCUGCACUGUGGUGGGCAGGGGGGUGAGGAGCUCCUUCCACCCUGAGAGCUCCUCAGGCGCUCAAGUCCUUGGGACCCGCCCCGGCUCUUCUUUGUAAAGUAAUUUAUUGAACAGUUCAGCUGUGAGACUGGAGAGGAGCGCAGGAACUUUGUCCUUUCGGGGGGCAGGGCGGGUGUGGGGCUGCGUGUGCUCCUCUCCACAUGACUUCAAUAAACUGUAACAAUUACCAAA